GCAAGUUGAGAUUUGGCGGGAACACGGCAGCCAAACGUGAUACAUCAACACUGUGGUUUAUCAUGCUAUUAGGUCCGCGGUGCUUAAAUUGAUAGCAUGUCCAACCCAGUAAGGUUUUACAAUAUUUACUUCAACUGCCUGUGGUAUCAAUAACAGACUUGCCAGAAUUAUAAUAAUUCAUUGUGGCCAUCUAGUUUAUUUGCUUUUGGAUGGGUGCGGGGCUGAACGCACGCGUCUGGAUUGCAUUACAUAGGGAUGUAGGGCGAGACUAUAUUAUGCUUGUGUUUGAUAACUCUGCUUCUUUUCUUUUUUAAUACUUGCGUAAGAUUCCAGCGAAGAAUCCCCUCUAAACGAUACAACAUAAUUUGAUAAAAAUGUAGCCUGCAAAGUGAACAUUUUAUGUUGCUAAAAUGAAUUUUUAUCGUUUUUAACACUUGCACAACGUAUGCGUGUAGUAUUGAGUUGGUAUGACCCGACCUGUGUGGACAACUGCGUGGAUUCCCCGGAGACUCGGUACUGCUUGCCGAUUGGCCGGGCAUGUUGGCAGCAUACGUCAUGCCACUUUGGGCGCCAAGAGCGAAUGUUUCAGUUACAGGCUGUUCCUGGCGCCAUACACAGGCAAGAAAAUGACUUCUUCGUCUUCUCUUCGAUUUGGGGGCGGCCUGCGCUUAGGACGCGAAGAGGAAGACGGAGAUUUCGACAGAAACAAGGCAAAUAGCACUGCUGUGGAUCUUGAGGGAGGAAAUGAUGAAAGCUUGUUUGAAAGUCCCGGUUCUCCCGAGCAGUUUUCCGCCCGCACCACCCCACCCAGGCGGCGAGGAGGAAAGACGGGAAAGGGGUCAAAACCUUAUCAUCGAGUCACAACUCCGAAAACAGUGCCAAGGACUGGAAGUCAGAUGCUAAGCAGAAAGUUGGAUGAUGUGCUGGCCAAUCAACAGGAAAUCUUAAAAGGGAUGGCCAAACUGCAACACAUGCUGGAAGAUGUCCAGCAGACAAAGGCAAAACAAAGAGGAGCAGCACAGCAGAAACUUGAAGUGUCUAAUGAUGUCCGGAAUCUGGUUAGACAAGGCUAUGACUAUGCAGUAAACACUCAGGGAAAAGCCAAGUGGAAUGGUGCCAAAGGAAUGACGGCCACCUCAGAAGCAAACAACGCUACAACUCAGGCUGUACUUGAGUUUGUGCAGGGGCUCCUCCCAGGAUAUGGAGACAAGAUUGGCAUGGUCAAAGCUGCUGUUACCACAUACUUUGGGAGUAAGAGAAAAGAAGAGAGGAGGGAAACAAAGGGCAAGAGCGAGAAACACAAGAAGCAGUGCUCUCGAAACACAAGGAUAGCCAAAAAACUGCAACAUCGCCUCAGCGCUCUGAGAGCAAAGACAUCAUAUGACCCAAGCAUCAAGCAGAAAGUACAGCGUGUACUCCUGACAGAGUAUAUGUCCUCAGAGGACUCCGGGGACUCUGAUGAGGAAGAAAAGACCUUCAAGACCAGGCCGAUUCCCUGGCAGUCAGACUUGUUUACAAGAUACAAGCGGGAGCUUGACUUUAAGUACAGCAAGAUGCAAACAGACUUAGCCAGGAGACAAUCUGUUAAGAGGGUCCCAGGCCCACCCUCAACCUCUAAGGUAAAAAAACCAAUCCUGUCUGAACAGGAUGAUUGGAUUUGUAAGCAACUUUAGAGGGUACAUAAUAUUCACGUACAGUUAUGGUUCAGGUCCAGAAGAUCAGGUCCUGACCUAAACCUGGACCUAAUUGUUUGUGAAAGCUGUUUAUGAAAGUUGAUAUAAUCUGUUCAUUUUCUAAUUGGUCAAAAAUCCAGUCUAGUGUGGGUUUCUUUGUCAGGUUCAUUUUUUAGAAAAUAUGGCUUUUGUACAAGGUACCAGUACCCACCCCUAUGUUAGGUAUAUAAACAUUUUUACAAUCAUGAUGUUAGGUUUAGAAGGAUGAAUAGGGUUGGUUUGUCAUGAGUUAUAAAUGACAAUGUAAUUCCGUCAAGUAGAAUUGUAAAAAGACUUUUAGUCAUAGAUUUUUAUUUGUAGAUUGUUCAGUGGCAGGAUACAUAACUAUCCAGGUGACAUGAAAUGGGACAGACAAAUAGUAUAUGGCAAAAGUAAUCAUGUACAUAAGUUCUAAAGCCUGUUUGUCUUCACAAUGACAUAUACUGAUAAUAAGAUUAGAUAGUGUGUGACGAUAAACUGCAUGUUACUUAAUUGAAUGUCAUUCAUGAUCAAUGUUCCUUGUAACUGUUUAGCUUGUAUACAAGACAAUUGAUCAAUGUCCAAUCAUACUAUGAACAUUAGUUUGUAAGAAAAGGUCACACUUGUAUAUGGCAAAACUAUAACAUUUAUCUGUUUACCCUUUAGAUAACCAAACUAGACCUUUGACCUCAAGUUUUUUUAAAAAUGUCGGUAAGACACUGCUCGUAUUGUCAAUACUCUGAUUGUACUGUUGCAUUCUGCAUGUUUUUAAAUGUAUGUAGUUCAGAAAUGUUGUGAAUCUUGGAAGAUUAGCCCAUUUGGGUUUCGUUAUAAAUAAAAUGAAAUGAAACUGUCAA